AUGGAUUCAUUUCAGAUGCGCAUGACCUGCGGACUUACCCCGAAAAAGGGACGCGAGUCUGUAGGACUCAGCACUGGCAUCUUUUGUGUGUGUGUGUGUGUGCGUUGCUGUGGUUUUUUAGGCUUCUUUGCCGGCGUGUCAUUCCCUCGUGUCGCGCUGCUGGUGCACACUCAGCGCAAGCAUGCCGGCAAUGACUUCAGCUCUUUCUUGCACCAAACCGUGACUGUUGAACGUUCUAGCCCGGGGCCCAGAUCGCCUUCUCCUGCGUGCAGCGUGCAGAGCGCCAUGGCUGUUGCGACGUGUGGGCUCAUCGUGCUGCUGAGCUUCUCCACAAAGUUGGCGGUUGCCACUUGUGCCGAGCCAGAUAGCCCGGAAGCCCUGCUCCACACCUGCUUUCUGCAGGAGGGCAGGGCCCUUCUGUCCAACCGUGCGGACCGUGCUGCAUCCGACAUCAGCCCUAAAGAGAUCAUCAAGGAGAUGACCAAGCCCAUUAGGGCAGCAGGCAAGGAGAUCAAGAAAGGCAUCAAGGAGGCGGCUGAGACCGUGGUCGAGAAAGCGACGUUGGCGGCCGAAUCUGCGCAGAACGCGGCAGAGAAAUCAGCUUCCAGCGCCCAGAAAGCUGCCCAGAAGGCAGCAAAGCUUGCCAAGAAUGCGGGCAAGGAGGUCCAGGAACAGAUUGACAGUGCCUUUGAGCUCAAGUGUGAUUUCUUGGAAAGGUCUGCGAAGGAGCUCCUGAAGAAGAUGACGAGCUGGUUCACGGACGGCAUGAUCGACAAGCAGACUUGCAAGCAGAUGAAGAAGGAUGCAAGGGCUAUGUGCGAAGAGGUCAGGCUAUCCCCCAAGGAGGAUGCUCUUGUCGAUCUGUGCGUGAAUGGAACCGUGACUACCAUCGAGUGGACCUGCGAUUCAGUCAACGAUGUGUUCAGCCAGACGGCGGAAGACAUCAGCAAGAACAUGGGCAUUGUCAGUUUGGGAUGCUGA